UACCUAAUUGCCUAUUUAUAUUUCAUUAACCAAAAACCAUCGUAAUUGUAACCAUUUAUACGUGAAAACAAUUUACGCUCAAUUUUCUAUCCGAUAUUUUCACAACGAGCCAAUUAAGUAUGAAUUGUUUAUUUUCCAUUUUCAAACUCGCCCGCGUAUAAAAAGGAAAACACCCGCCUGAGCGGACUUCGUUUUAUUUUCUUCUCCCUUGCAUGCAGCCAAGGAGAUUGGGGCCAUGCGAAAACUAUGUAUUUAUCGAAUGAAAAAUAAAAAUAAACGGGACGGCCAUAGACAAUAAGCGGCGGCAGCGUUCAGAAGCUCGCUGAAAAUGAAGAUAUUAUCUUUUAAACGAAGGUUAUUCCGAAGAUUUGUGAGAGACGAUGAAGAUCCUAUAGACGCAUCAAAGAAAAUGAUAAGUCUUAUACAAGGAUUGGUCGGGAUCAGCGAUGUCUUCGGGGAUAGGGAACGCUCGUUCUCCUGUCUCUCAAUCGUGGGCAUCGUGCUCACGACCACGUUCGUGUACGUGGGCAACGUGAGCCAGGUCCUGUACCUGCUGCACGUGCUGCCCGACCGCCUGGAGGCGUUCAAGGCCUGCAACUGCAUCAGCGCCACCAGCGUGCCGCUCUCCACCUUCGUGUUUAUGUGGACCGCCAGAAACAGCCUCCAAAAAGUUUUCUCAAUGUGUCGUUUGGGACUGACGUUCGCUUCUAAAGAUAGUUUGGCGCAUGCGGCACUGCUAAGGACUCUGCACAAGAGUCAGCGGCUGGCCUGGCUCGUCAUAGCCAACCAGGGCUUCUCACACUUCAUCUACCUCGUUGCUCCGUUGCUACUGACCAUCUUCGGAAACGGACGCUAUCUUCCCACCACGCCUGGAGAUACUUAUGGGCUCUCCCCAAAAUACGAAUCGCCAUUCUUCGAAAUUACCUUCAUCCUUACAACAAUAGCUACAGCUUUCUCUGCCAUCAACCAAACCGGCUACAUCAUCCUCUUCAUAACGCUCGUGGGCCACGAGCUCGGCAACUUCUACGCCAUCUCGGAAACCCUCAACAACCUUCACGAGACAAUGCUAGACAGAAACAUCCCUGAAGAUGAAAAGCGCACUACUAUUCAUAACACCCUGGUCUUUUGCAUCAAGCACCACCAGUUCGUCCGCAAAUACCACGCCAUGUUAAAAUCCCUGUAUCAGACAAUAUUCGGCGCCCACUUCCUCAUGAUGACUAUAGUCUUGGUCACCACACUGCAGACUUUGAACGCUUGGGACGUGAGAAAUACAAUCUUGACCGGUGUGACAGGAAUUCUUCCUUUGUUCCUGUACUGUUUCGGUGGUGAGCUCGUGAUAUCGGCUGGUGAGGAGAUGGCGGCUGCCCUAUACUCGUGCGGGUGGGAGCUGAUGCCGGCGACCCAGGCACGGCUGGUGCUCAUGAUGCUGAGGGUCACGCAGAAGCCUCUGCACUUGACUGCAGCGAACAUCUUCGUGAUGAACAGAGAGACAUUCGGUGACGUCGCUCAGACUGUGUAUAAGAUUUAUACGGUUUUUAAUUAAGAACGAUACUAAC